AUGGCAGUGUCACAAUCUACCAAGGCCAAGACGGCCGCAAAACCCAGCAAUGGGAAUCCCAAAGCGAAGACUCAGAUGCACCGCCGGUCAAGAACAGGAUGCUACACCUGCAGACUGCGGAGGAAGAAGUGCGACGAAGGCGCCCCCAUGUGCACGGCUUGCAAGCACCUCGGCCUGCAGUGCGAGUAUAAGCGGCCCAUGUGGUGGAGCAACAACGAUGCGCGCCGCCAGCACAAGGACGACAUCAAGGUGAUCAUCAAGCGCAAGAAGCUCUCGGAGAAGACGCCGCACACUUCUCACACUUCUCACACCUCUCACACCUCUCACACCUCUCACACCACCAUCCAAACCUCCAUCCACUCCCCGCCGGGCCUGUCGCAUUCGCAACCGACGUCGGCCACCUUCUCCGAUCCCCUCGACCGCACCCGAUCCGCUUCGAUCGACUCUCACUUCUCCACAGCUUUCAACUUCAACAGCCCACCCGGCGUGGUCGGGGACUUUGGCUUCAAUGCCCAGAUGCACCCGGACUUCAUGUUCGGCGCCUUCCCUUCGCCGUACGAGAUUGACGUCAAGACGGAGAGGCAAGUGUUCAUGAACGACGUGCCGACCCUCCGGGAGUCGCACAUCUCCACAUUCAGCACCUUCCACGCACCGCCGCCACCAGGUACUACCCUCCUGCCGUCGACACUACCGUUUGAAGGGGGUGAGUGGACCGAGCAGGUGUAUUCGGAGCGCAAGGAAUCGCUCAGCGAGGAGACGCUGAACGUCAACUUCUUCGACUUCUCACACGGACCCUCGAUGCCGAACCGACAAGUGGCCAUUGAGCUCGAUGAGAACGACCAGCGGCUACUCGACCACUUUGUCCAGUUCGUCCUGCCCAGCAUCUUCCCGAUUCUCGAGUCCAACCAACACGGCUCGGUGGCAUCCGACCUCAUCCUCCCGGCGCUCCAGAGCAACCAGGGCUACUUGCACUGCUGCCUGAGCAUCGCGGCCCAGCACUUCAAGGCGACGAUGAACCUGCAGGGCGAGGAGAUGGACGCAGACAUCAUGCGCCACCGUUACGCGACCAUCUCGGCGCUGUGCGACGCGCUGAACCAGGACGAGAACCACCAGCAGAUCCUCGAGGCGGCGCUCGGCCUCAUCUUCUUCCAAUGCGUCGUCGGCCGCUACGACGACGCGCUCCCCGACAUUCCGUGGCACCAGCACUUCCAGGCGGCCAUCAGCCUGGUGCAGAAGCUGGACCUGCCGCGGCUGGUCUCCGACCCGGAAGAGGCGCCGGCGCAGACCCCGUUCAACAUGACCUUGACGGCGUGGAUCGACAUCCUCGGCGCCACCAUGCAGGGCCAGGCGCCGACGUUCGCCCACACGUACCGGGAGAAGCACCUGUCGGCCACGAACCCCAGCCUGGGGCUGCGCGAGCUCAUGGGGUGCGAGGACCGCGUCAUGUACCUCAUCUCGGAGAUCGCCUGCCUCGACGCGCUCAAGCGCGACGGCAUGGACGAGAUCACGCUGUGCCAGCACGUGCACGCGCUGGGCGAGCAGAUCGGGCACACCGAGGUCGGGUGCGACACGACGCCCAAGAUGCCCUUCACGUCGUCCGGGGCGCUGUCGCCCAAGCAGCUGUCGCGCAACAUCACCAUGGCCUUCCGGCUCGCGGCGCGCAUCUACCUCUGCAGCCUCGUGCCGGGCUUCAACCCGGGCCAGCCGUCGUGCAUCGGGCUCGUCGACAAGCUGACGACGGUGCUGCAGCACAUCCCCUCCGGGCCGGGCGGGUUCGACCGCAGCCUGGUCUGGGUGUACCUCAUCGGCGGGUCGGUCAGCCUGCCGGGCAGCGGGAUCCGGCAGCUCUUCGAGGACCGCGUCGCCGAGCUGGGCGACCUCGCGUAUAUGGGCUCUUUUGGCCGGGCGGCGCCGCUGCUGCGCGAGGUGUGGCACCAGACGGCGGCCAUCAAGGGGAGUCCCAGCCUCAGCGCCGACGGGAUGAGCACCCCGGGAUCCAACGCGGGGAGUCAGGCGGAGGCGGUGGUGCAGUAUUCGUACAUCCACUGGCGGGAUGUCAUGCAGAUGAAUGGGUGGGACUUUUUGUUGAUCUGA